AUGUCCUCUAUCCUUCUCCCAGCACCCUUCUCCACCAUCCCCCGCACCCCUCUCACAAUCGGCCCAUCACCAAUCCACCCCCUACCACGCAUUACCGCGGACCUCGGCGGACCGGUAACCAUAUACGCGAAACGAGAAGAUCUAAACUCGGGUCUCGCAUACGGGGGCAACAAGACGCGAAAACUGGAAUACCUAGUCGCGGAGGCAAUAUCUCGUGGCGCGACGACACUGAUCAGCAUCGGCGGGGUACAGAGCAACCAUACGCGCCAGGUAGCCGCAGCGGCAGCGCGACUGGGUCUGCGGGCACGACUGGUACAGGAGCAUUGGGUGGAGUGGGAAGACGUCGGAUAUGAGCGGGUGGGGAAUAUUCAGCUUUCGAGGGUGAUGGGUGCGGAGGUCAGGAUGGGGAGGGAUGGAUUUGGGAUCGGACAUAAGGAGUCAUUGAAGCAGGUUAGGGAGGAGUGUGAGGCGAGAGGGGAGACGGUGUAUUAUAUCCCUGCUGGGGCGUCGGAUCAUCCGCUUGGAGGGAUGGGGUUUGCUCGAUGGGCGUUUGAGGUGCGCGAGCAGGAGCGGAAGAUGGGGAUGGUGUUUAGUACGGUGGUGGUUUGUGCGGUAACGGGGUCGACGAUGGCUGGGAUGGUGGCUGGGUUCAAGUUGAUCGAGAAGUUGUAUCCCCAGGAGUCGAAGAAGACGGUUAUUGGCAUUGAUGCGUCGGCGAAGCCCAAGGAGACAAGGGAGCAGGUAUUGCGGAUUGCGAGGAACACGGCAGCACAGAUCGGGUUAUCGGAGGAAGAUAUUGGCGAGGAGGAUAUCAUUCUGGAUGAGAAUUAUCAUGCCGGAACAUACGGUAUCCCUAACCGACAGACGUGGGAGGCCAUCGAGUACGCCGCACGCAUGGAGGCGUUCAUCACGGAUCCUGUCUAUGAGGGCAAGAGCUUUGCCGGUAUGAUCGAUUUGAUCCGCAAGGGCAAGAUCAAGGAAGGGAAUGUCUUGUACGCCCACCUCGGAGGACAAUUGGCUUUGAAUGCCUAUUCGGAUCUGGGCCGGACACCGCAUGGAGGCCCUAUUGAAGCUUAA